AUGAACCUGAGCCCCGCCCAGGCUCAGCGACUCCUCGUCGACCUCCAAGAGAUACAUUCAGAUGUUAAGGAGGGCAAGAUACAGGUGCACGCCAAGUCUCUUGACACCGUUACUGCGAAGAUGUCAGUCUUCUUCCUUAAGAUCUGGUGUACCGCGCUAAACUUACCCAUCAACGCCACUGCCCUAGAGGGAUACUUAAAGGUGGCCGUGCUAGGUGGUAAAGAUACCAAGAUGGUGAAAGACCAGAUUGCUGCUUUGUGGGAUAUAUGGCGAAAGAGGAACAUGAAGGUAGAUCCUGUACGCGACGACUACCGGGCCCGCGUCUGGGGUAAGCUGAUAUUGUCAGUCCCUUGGCUCGCUGAUCGUUGA